UUUUUCUUUUCUCUCUCUAGCUUCCCUAUUUCUCUCACUAAUUUUUUUUGCUUAAUUUUUCUUACUACCCUUAAUUGUUUUCUCUCUCUUAACAAUUUCUUGGACAUUGACAUUUAAAAGACAAAAUUUUUGCUUGUGGGCAAUUCAAAAAUCAUACAAACAGGGGUACAAGAAGCAAGUGAACUGAAAAAAAGGCCAAAAUUUAAUAAAGUUUUCUUCAGUAAAAAGCUUCAAUGGAUGUCAGAGUACUAAAAGUAGCUCAAAAUCUGAAAUGGGUUUCUGAUCUUAACUCAAUAAGGGAAUUGGGAUUCUUGUGAGGGAUUUUUGGUUUUUUCUUUUGCUUCUGUCAAACCUUUAAACCUCUAAAACAUUGGGGUAAUUUGAAAAAAUAGAAAAAAGAGGAAGAGAGUCAAUUGUUUGUUGCUUGUGCUCAUUAAUUGAAGUCGGUAUGGGUAUGAACGAUAAGGAUAAAUUAGAACUAGAAAAGAGUAAUGAAGAACCCCUGAGCUAUCACCCCGUUAGUUUAUCAGCUGAUUGGCGAUAUGAUAUUCCCAAUUUUGCGAAGUCGUCAAUGGGUUUAGUGUCGAGUGGGAAUUCUAUGGCUGUUUGUGGAGAUGCUGUUGGUCAUUCCUGUUCCUCUGGUUCAAUUGUGGACUCGUUUGGUCCAAAAGUUUGGGAGCAUUCUGUUAACACAGCACCCUUAGGCUUCAGUGAAAUGGAUGUUCAUAACGGGGCAGGUGUUUCCGAUCCACUUUUAAUGCUCAAAGGUGGCCCAUUUUUACCAAGCAUGGCAGGGAUGGUGCAUCAUAGCUUAUCCCAGUUUUCAACUGAUUCGGCAUUCAUUGAGCGUGCUGCUCGGUUCUCCAGCUUUAGUGGGGGGAAUUUUGGGGAUAUGUUGAAUCCUUUGGGUAUUCAUCAAUGUUGUAAUCCUUAUACCCGAGGCGAGGUAAUGAUACAAGGUAUGCAAGAAGUAUUGUCAGGAAACACCUUUAAAACGUUAUCGGGUAGGCUCCCUCAAAAAUCUGAGGCAUGCUUAGCUGAUACCUCCAAGGAUGUUUCUUUGCCUCCUGAACAUGGGGCUGUGGAAUUGCAAAAGAUUGACACGGCUGUUGAAAGGUCUAAUGAUGAAGCUAAACAGGAUGUUUCUAUGUCUGGAAAUGAUUCUGAUGAACCCGAGUUUAGUGGUGGCUUGGCCCAAGACGAGGGGGUACCUUUAACGGUAAAAGAUGCAAAGAAAAGAAAGCGGGGUAAUCAGGAUAUGGAGGCUGAGCAAGCCAAUGGAAAUCAGCAGCAAAUUGGCGAAGCCGGGAAGAAUAAUCCAGAAAUUCAACAGAAAGGAAAGCAGAAUUCAACAGGAGCUGGGAAUAAGCCUAAUGGAAAACAUGGUAAACAGAGUUCUCCGGCUUUUGAUUCACCGAAGGAAGAAUACAUACAUGUGAGAGCACGGAGAGGACAGGCUACUAACAGCCAUAGUCUAGCAGAAAGGGUUAGGAGAGAAAAAAUUAGUGAGAGAAUGAAAUUUCUUCAAGAUCUUGUGCCUGGUUGUAGCAAGGCCACUGGCAAAGCAGUUAUGCUGGACGAAAUUAUCAACUAUGUACAAUCUUUACAACGGCAGGUUGAGUUUUUGUCAAUGAAGUUGGCAACAGUUAACCCUCAAUUGGACUUCAACAUCGAGCGUCUUCUCGCAAAAGAUCAAAUGUUUUCUGCACGACCUGGUCCAUCUGGUCUUGCAUUUUCUCCGGAUAUUUCAUUGCCUUACCCUCCCCUUCACUCAACUCAACCGCCCAUCUUGCCCCCCGGUAUUCCUGCCGUAGGAAACUCUUCGGAUGCACUACAGAGGGUGAUUAGUUCACAAAUGCCAAAUAUAGGAGCGUACAAAGAGCAUGCGCUGCAGCUUCCUAAUGUUUGGGACGGUGAGCUUCACAACGUUGUGCAAAUGGGUUUUAAUGCUAAUGCUCCGCUUGAUAACCAAGAAACGAACUGUUAGAACUUUUGCCUUUUAUAAUUGUUCGUGCAACAUUUCCCGUGCUUGAAGGAUUGAUCUUUUAAAAAACAUGACUUCCUGAAAUUUAUGAAAGCUAAAAAUCGAUUUCUAUCAAAGUUUUGGUCAACAGAAACUCGCACGUUUCUGCGGUUUCCCUUCCUGGACAUUGGAUGCCAGUCAUUGAAGAGAAUCUAUGAUAUAGUGAAGCGUCAUCCAGUCACCUAGAAUUCGAGCUGUAUAUUCGUAAUAACUAAUGUCUCUCAGAGGAUCGAUCUCAUUGUGGGACUUUUUGAUGUUUUAUAAAUUCUUGAGUAAAUACUAAAUAGUAACGACUAACGCCUUUAAAGGCGUAGCUCAACGUUGAAAAAUGUCGGGUAAGGAUAAGCCGAGGCUUCGAUUGAUGUACAUGCUCAGGAAUGCUACAAUCUCAAAUCGCAAGGGCUCUUCUUUAGCCUGGAUCCAAAAUUGUUGUUCACUAAUCUUUGUUUUGAUCAUGAUUGUGGAAUAUAAUGUAAAAUUCAUGCUUUCCCUUGUUAAUUGUUGAUGAUUAUGGAUGAGUAUACUAGUUCUGUUUAAGCAUAAUUAGGAAUUAGGAGUAUUUAGCUUGAAAGAAACUCUGUCCUUGUAUCUGAUUUUCGCCUACUAUCCCUGUCCUAUAAUGAAUAAAAAGUUGGCCAAGUUUAUUUUUA